AUGACCAUCUGGGACUCCAUAACCGGACGCAAGUCCAAGGACACGGCACCCGCGCCCGCCUCGCCCCAAAAUGCCGACUUCGUAAAAGAAGACACCUUCCAACCCACGCCCUUCGACCCCAACACGGCCAUCCAAAACCCCUCAGAAUUCCUGCUCGACCCCUCACAACUGCAUCCCCUCGCCGGCCUCAACCAAGACACACUCGACUACCUAAACCUCGAAGACAGCGUCCUCUCGGACCUGCCCGGCGCACAAUCCGCUCUGCCCUCACGCGGCUGGUCCGACGACUUAUGUUACGGCACGGGCGUGUCGUAUCUGACGGCGCUGACGAUAGGAGGAGCGUGGGGUCUAGCCGAGGGCCUGCAAAAGAACCCACCCAGCAUGCCCCCGCGGUUGCGCAUCAACGGCGUGCUCAAUGCGAUAACACGGCGAGGUCCUUUUCUGGGAAACAGCGCGGGUGUGAUUGCUAUGGUGUAUAAUGGUAUGAACAGCACGAUUGGGUACUACCGCGGCAAGCACGAUAUGAGCAACAGCGUGGUGGCGGGCGCAUUGAGCGGCGCGCUGUUCAAGAGCACAAGAGGGACGAGGCAGAUGGCUAUUAGCUCGGGUAUCUGCGCGACUGUAGCGGGAGGAUGGGCGAUAACACGAAAAGUCUUCUUCGAGCCCGACCUAAAACAAGUCGACUAA